AUGUCGGUGGCGUUUUCGUCGGCGCGCCCCAGGAGUAAAGGGGAGGUGACGCAGCAGACGAUUCAAAAGAUGCUGGAUGAAAAUCAUUAUUUAAUACAAUGUAUAAUGGAUUACCAAAGCAAAGGGAAGACGGCUGAAUGCACACAGUAUCAGCAGGUCCUGCACAGAAACCUGGUUUAUUUGGCCACAAUAGCAGAUUCAAAUCAGAACAUGCAGUCACUUCUACCUGCGCCUCCCACUUCCAGUAUGCCAAUGGGUCCUGGAGGGAUGGGUCAGAGUGGGGGACCCGCUCCCAGCAACCUCAACGACACCAUGGCACCGGGACUGGCCCCCACAUCGAUGAUGCAGAGCCAGAUGAGCAAUGGCUCCAGCCAUGCCCCCAUGCAGCAGCAGUCGAGUCAGAGGCAGUCGGCUCCUCCCUCCACAUCCCUCAGCCUGCCAGCCAGCAGUUACGGUGGCUUGGCCUCUUCCUCGACCUCCGACUACAGCCAUGCUGCACCCUCCUCCCAGGGCAGCAUGAUUCAGAGCCCUGGUUAUGGCUCUUCCUCCUCUUCUUCUUCCUCCUCCUCCCGCAGCAACCUCAACAUGCAGUCCAACCAAGUCUCCAUGAUGCAGCAACAAUCUGCCACUCCGCACUACUCCUCAGCUCAGGCUGGGGGCCAACACUAUCAGGGACAGCAGGCCAUGGGCAUGAUGGGUCAGGGCAGUCAAGGAAACAGUUUGAUGACUCAGAGGCCCAUUGGAUCCUACCGCUCUUCACAGCAAGGUCACGGAGAGUUCUCAUAUCAACAGUCUUCAUACGGCGAGCAAGGCUACGACAGGUCAUUCGAUGAAUCCUCACAGCACUACUACGAAGGAGGAAACUCUCAGUACAGCCAACAGCAAGCCCAGUAUCAGCAGAGCUCUGGCCAGCAGCAGACCUUCAGCCAACAGCAGUACUCGUCUCAACAAGGCUACACAGGAGGGCCACAGGGAUACGGGCCUGGCCAGGGGGGAUCCUCCCAGUAUGCACAGUAUCAACAGGGUCAAAGCCAACAGUAUGGUACCUACCGCUCGUCCCAGGGAGGCCCUGGUGCACAGACACAGAGGCCCUACGCUUAUGAACAGGGUCAGUAUGGGAAUUAUCAGCAAUAA